UCCAACAUGUGAAAUGAGUGUCAACGCGAGGGAGAACGCUAGUAAUCAACAGCAACAACUACUUGCGAGCAAAUUAGACGAUUUCGAUUUUCCAUAUUGCGACGAUGUUCUUAAGUACGAGAAGAUCGCUAAGAUCGGGCAGGGAACUUUCGGGGAGGUAUUCAAGGCAGUCCACAGGCAAACGAGAAAAGUGGUUGCUCUCAAGAAAGUUCUCAUGGAAAACGAAAAAGAAGGAUUUCCGAUAACAGCGCUACGAGAAAUAAAGAUAUUGCAACUUCUUAAACACGAAAAUGUAGUUAACCUAAUUGAAAUCUGCAGAACAAAAGGUCCUUCACCACUAAGACGUGCAUCUGCCGCAUCUGGCACAGCAACCUCCUAUAACCGUCACAAGGCCACCUUCUACCUGGUGUUUGACUUUUGUGAGCACGACCUGGCUGGACUGCUGAGCAACAUCCAGGUGAAGUUCUCGCUGGGUGAGAUCAAGAAGGUGAUGCAGCAGCUGCUCAACGGGCUCUACUUCAUCCACAGCAACAAGAUACUCCACAGGGACAUGAAAGCAGCCAAUAUCCUCAUAACGAAGCACGGCGUUUUGAAGCUCGCCGAUUUUGGACUGGCCCGAGCCUUCAGCCUGAGCAAAUCUGCACAGCCCAAUCGGUACACCAACCGAGUUGUCACGCUGUGGUAUAGGCCUCCGGAACUGCUGCUCGGUGAGCGGAACUACGGACCUCCCGUCGACAUGUGGGGUGCAGGGUGCAUCAUGGCAGAGAUGUGGACACGCUCCCCAAUCAUGCAAGGCAACACGGAACAACAUCAGAUCAGCUUGAUCAGUCAGCUCUGCGGGUCGCUUACACCCGAGCUGUGGCCAGGUGUUGAAAAACUUGAACUUUACCACAAGCUUAACUUGCCAAAAGGGCAGAAAAGAAAAGUGAAGGAACGUCUUAAGGCAUACGUGAAGGACCCUUACGCCCUCGACCUGCUAGACAAGCUGCUGUGCCUCGACCCCACCAAGCGGUACGACAGCGACAAUGCGCUCAACCACGACUUCUUCUGGACAGAUCCUAUGCCGUCUGACCUGGCCAAGAUGCUCUCCCAACACACGCAAUCCAUGUUUGAGUACCUGGCCCCCCCUCGGAGACGAGGCAUGCAGCAGCAAGCCCACCCGGGGGCCCAUCCCCCGGGGGCACACCCAGGAGCCAAAGCAGCUCAGGCUUCCACCACGAGCACUGACGGGCAGUACCACGAUCGCGUCUUCUGAACACCCUUCUUUUGUUUGCCGACGUGCGUGUUCGAAACCGCGGAAUGGUGAAAACACUGGACUGGCGACAGAAUUCCGUUCCCGAGACGGAGUCGCAGAGGAGGUAGAACGAGAAGACUGUUUUCUUUGUUCCGUAAUUAUGGUUGAGGUAACAAGGUGCCGUUGUUUUGUACGUUGUUUGAACGUUGUUUGUGGGUGGAGGAGGCCCCUUGUGUGUGUGUGUGAUUGGGAAAGGGUAGGCUUCAGAGCCUUAACUGUGCCGCGUGCUUAUGUUGUCUUCAGUACGCGUCGAGCCAUCAGAGGUCGGUACAUCAGGUAGUAUUGGUACCUAGUCACUUGCAAGUUCUAGGUUUGUGCGACACAAAUGAAGCAUCAACCAAACGUUGUUUGCUGCCUCGUCAACAGCAGCUGGACCACGCACGUUUUUUUUUUUUUUUCCCCUCCUCGUCGUCACGAUCUCCCCCUUUUCCCCGAGUCUCUGAAUGUAAAAGGGUGUGCUAUGCCUCACGAAGUGCUUCUUCUUGAAACUCUCUUUUCAUAUUGUCGCUGUUUCGAUUUCUCAGACAUUGUAGACCUCCCACUGACGAAGUGUCACAAAUCAUUUGUCGAAGCAUGUUUGCACAAAAAGAAAACUGCGUGUAAAACUAUGCUCAGGAUUGUACUUGAACCUAAGGUUUUCUUCUACUGCCCUGUUAUGGAGUUUUGCAUUCUGUGGGUAUUUAUCCCCGUGCUAUGCAGUUCUGCACUUGACCAUUUUUGUUCUUGAGAAAAAGGAUGGUGCAUGUGUGGCCUGAUUGGCUCACUACUGGCACCUUGCCUUGCAUUUUCAUGCUUCUACCCUGUAAGGAACUAAAGCAAAAUUCACUGUUGCUGUGUACUCGGCUGACUGUGAGGAAAACUGACUUGGUUUGGAACAACCAGUUGAAGGAGAGGAGGAGAUUAAAGGCAAUAUGCAAGCGGUGGUUGUGUGACCAAACUAGAUGCCCCGACACAGCUAGUCGAGUACAUAGAACCAAAUGUAACGAUAUGUUCGAGAGCUGAAACUGCAAAAACUGGAUGGUCACGAUAUUUUUCAAGCACGACACAUCCCAAUAUCUGUGCAGGUUGUUACGAUACAACAAGGUCAUGUAAAGGUAGAGCUUGAAGUAACACGAGGCCACGCCACUAAGUGACAGAUAUGUUUCUUUAUGUAAGGACUUUCAAAAGAGUCUUCUGAGCAAACACAGCGGUAAUGGGUAUUUCCGUCGCUAAAUUUUGCAUAGUGUCUGACUGCUUCUCUGCCCUACAUAAGGAUGUCAAAAUGUAACAUAAGUGGUGAGCAAUGUAGGCAUGGGACCAGGGGCAAACACCUCCAUUCCAUGGCAUGGUACUGUAUGCAGGCCAGAUCACAUCUUGCAUCAGCAACUGGACAAGGUAUUGUCGUCCCCACCUGAGCCUGCCAUGUGCGUGCAAUUUUUAUUUUGCUAAUACAAAGCUAAUAAAACAAACUGUUCUGCAGGCCUUCCAA